GGCUGAUAACAAGGGCUAUAGAUGCCCUCAUAUUUCCACUAAAAUCACUUAGUUUUAUGUAUACUUUGGCACCAUAGCUUUGAUGUUUGGGCGUGACAUGAUGACAAAAGCCAGCAAAUGAUUUUGGUGUAUUGACGAAAUUAUUCCAAGAGCCGCGAGAAUAGCGGGCGAGAAAGAGCACAGCUGUAAUGCCGGGCUGAUGAUGAUGAUGAUGAUGAUGGUGAUGCUAACGUCGAUAGCAUUUGAUAGGCGCUGUCUUGCGUCCCUCCCGCUGUCUGACAGCGUUAAAGUGAGCUGACUCCUCUACCAAGCUGCGUUUGUUAGUCAGUCCAUCAAGCGGAUCCACCAAAGGGACCACCAGUGCAUGACAAGGAACACAACCAGUCUCCCAAAGAAGUGUCUGGUUGUGUCCCUCACCCUUCCUGCCCCGCCCACCUCAACUGACUCCACCCCCUGACCUCCAAGAUGAAACUAAAAGAGGACAUGAACCCGCUGCUUCUGCAAGUCUUCCGCUCGGUGGUCUGGGUCUACUCUGUCAUUACCUUCCUGCCAUGGUACCUCUUCUCGGGCGCCGGCACCAACCUAGACCGGGCACGGCGGGUCAAGGCGCGGUCGGUGAGCGGGCGCCCGGCGGGCCCUUACCGGGCGAUCAACCAGGCGGACGGUAGCCAUCAGAAGCUGGUGUGGUCCUUGCACCCGGGGGUGGACACCCUGGACAAGGUGAUGGUGCACGGGGCGACCAGGUUCCCAGAGCGGGACUGCCUGGGCACCAGAGAGGUGCUGAGCGAGGAGGACGAGCUCCAACCUAACGGGAAGGUCUUCAAGAAGGUUAUCCUAGGGGAGUAUCAGUGGAUGUCGUACGAGGAGACCUACCAGUCAGCAGUGUGUUUUGGCAGUGGUCUGGCCGCACUGGGCCAGAGGCCUCAGUGUAACAUCGCCAUCUUCUGUGAGACCAGGGCGGAGUGGAUGAUCGCAGCACAGGCCUGCUUCAUAUACAACUUCCCAUUGGUGACGUUGUACUCUACUCUGGGCGGAGCGGCCAUCGCCCACGGUCUCAACGAAACAGAAAUCACCCACAUCAUCACCAGCAAAGACCUGCUACACAGCCGUCUCAAGGCCAUCCUGUUAGAGGUGCCUCGGCUGCAGCACAUCAUCGUGGUGGACAGUAAGCCAACCAGCUGGCCUGGCUUCCCCCGCGGCAUCAUGGUCCACAACUUGGACGCCGUGCAGGAGCUGGGCUCCAGACCCGACAACAUGGCGGUGGCACGCCGGCAGCCCCUGCCCUCUGACAUCGCUGUCAUCAUGUACACCAGCGGCUCCACCGGCAUCCCCAAGGGCGUCAUGAUCUCCCAUAGCAACAUCAUCGCGGGCAUCACGGGCAUGGCAGAGCGCAUCCCAGACCUGGAUGAGACAGACACCUACAUUGGGUACCUACCGCUGGCUCAUGUUCUGGAGCUGAGUGCAGAGUUGGUGUGUAUCUCUCACGGCUGCUGCAUCGGAUACUCCUCCCCACAGACGCUAGCAGACCAGUCGACAAAGAUUAAGAAGGGCAGUAAAGGAGACACAAGUGUUCUGAAGCCUACACUCAUGGCUGCUGUACCGGAAAUCAUGGAUCGUAUCUAUAAGAAUGUGAUGACCAAGGUGGAGGAGAUGAGCAGUGUACAGAGAACCCUGUUUGUGUUGGCCUACAACUAUAAGAUGGAACAGAUCACCAAGGGCUACAGCACCCCGCUCUGUGACAGUCUGGUGUUUAAGAAGGUGCGCUCAUUGUUGGGGGGUCACAUGAGGGUGCUGCUGUCGGGCGGAGCGCCCCUUUCUGCCGCCACCCAGCGCUUCAUGAACAUCUGCCUCUGCUGUCCCGUGGGCCAGGGCUACGGCCUCACCGAGACCUGCGGAGCUGGCACCAUCAGCGAGAUGUGGGACUACAGCACAGGCCGGGUCGGAGCUCCUCUGGUCUGCUCUGAGAUCACCCUCAAGGACUGGGAAGAGGGCGGUUACUACAGCACGGACAAGCCCAACCCGAGAGGUGAGAUUGUGAUCGGCGGGCCCAACGUGACCAUGGGUUACUACAAGAACGAGGUGAAGAACCGUGAGGACUUCUUCAUGGACAGCAACGGCCAGCGCUGGUUCUGUACGGGAGACAUCGGAGAGCUCCACCCUGACGGCUGCCUCAAGAUCAUCGACCGUAAGAAGGACCUGGUUAAGCUCCAGGCUGGGGAGUAUGUGUCUCUGGGGAAGGUGGAGGCCAUGCUGAAGAACUGCCCUUUCGUAGACAACAUCUGUGCUUACGCAAACAGUGACCAGUCAUAUGUGAUUGGCUUUGUGGUGCCCAAUCAAAAGCAGCUGACAGUGUUGGCAGAGCAGAGAGGGUUACGGGGCAGCUGGGAGGAGAUCUGUAACAACCCUGACAUGGAGAGAGACGUCCUCCGCAUCAUCACAGAGGCCGCCCUGUCAGCCAAACUUGAGGGCUUUGAGAUCCCUAAGAAGAUCUGUCUGAGUGCAGAGCCCUGGACCCCAGAGACUGGCCUGGUCACGGACGCAUUCAAACUCAAACGCAAGGAGCUUAAAUCACAUUACCAAGAUGACAUCGAAAGGAUGUACGGUGGCAAGUAACACACACACUCAAAGACACACACAGGUACAGACAUAUGCAAGGAAUAAACACUACCAAGAUGACAUGGAGACUGGAGAGGAUGUACAGUGGCAAGUUACACACACACAGAGAGAAGGAACUACCCAUUGUACUUCCUCCUCCUUUCGAUAUCCCUUCCGGCUAGUUACGAUCAAAUGGAAAAGAACUCUGUCAGUCAAUCCAGACCCCCAAAAAAGACGGAGAGGCCAAGCCAGUUGGAGCAACAUCCGUUGCUUCUCCAAAGGUUUUUCUGGGUCUGUGUGUUGCGAUGACGAUGGUGGCAUCAUGACGAUGAAGGAUGUUGACAUGACCCGGCGGAGACACAGGAAAUGACAAGUUUGUACAAAAGACUGCUUCGGCACUAUGUCCAUGUCCCACUUCUCCGCUCCUCCAACCCCCCCAACGGAUGAAAACUGACUGAAACGGGGAACGACUACCUGAACUUUUCCAAUAAGAAACGCUUGUUUUCCACUGCAAAAUGUUUUGCUACAGUGAACACUAAUGAAUAUGACCCUGAAAAGGGAGGGCCUUCGGUUUAAACGUUCCACAUCCAGGUUUGAAUCUAUACAGGGAUCUCUUUUCUUGUAUAUGUUUUUUUGGGGUGUGGUGAUAUUUGUUGUUUUGUUCAUUUUUCAUUAUGGUUCUUUAACGUAUACGGUUUGUCUUCGUUCGCUUCCGAAGCCCAUUCGAUUAACAUCUUGUGUCUGAGAGAAAUCAGUGUUGCGAAGCCAUGAGUUGUUUUUUUUUACAGCAAAUUGCGUUCUUAAUUUACUUUUCUUUAUAUUUUUCUGAAAAGUUUGUUUCUCAUUUAUAUCGGUUACCGAACCGAUAUUUUGUUACUCUUUUCCUCUUUUUGUGUGUGGGAAUUUCCUCAGUUUUUCUCCUUCAUCUGCCUCUGUCCCAAAGGUUGGUUCUAUUCUAUUCUAUGGAAGAGUAUGUGUUUACUGACUUGACUCGAAGUCCUGUCACUCUUUUACUGUGCGUUAGUGAUGUAAUCUCCUUCCUGCUCUGUUCCUCUGUGUGUGGCUAUGUGCUGAUGUGAUGUGCCUGGGUUGACUGGUGGAACCGGUUUGUCAUAAAUAAUCAGUGUUGGUGAAACUACUCUGAAAAUAUAGUUUACAAAGUUACCAAUUACUUCACACUGGAAGAAGUUAAGCUACACUAAAGCUAUCCUUAAGAAAACGAUAUUCUACUUAACUGAAGUAGUUAAGACAUCCAACCUACUUAUUAAAAAGUUAGCAUAUCUAAAUCUGAAAUGUCAGCGACUACAUAUUGCAAGACAGAUCACUCUUGAGUCGGAUGUUAACAGAAAACUAUGUUUCAAGUGAUAAUUAGGCAGAUUUGAUGCUGAAAAAGAAAGGAAAUUCUUGCCUACUUCCGCCAUAUUUUAUUUUGACAAAAAAAGUAGUAUGUAACCUAGUUCCAGUAGUUAGCUACAUGGCAAAAAAAGUCAUUGGUGGUGAGGUGAUGUGUCCAGGGUGGCUACACGGAAGUAGGAUGAAGUUGCCCCAUAAAGCGGAUCUAAGUUUU